CGUGUCCCGCCUCGGGCGGGACGGCGGCGCCCCAGCCCUGGUGUGCCUCGGGCUUUGCGAGGUAGGGUCUCGGGGAAAUAGCAGGGGCAGAGGUUUCGCCAGCCCAAAGCCCGGAGACACUUCAGGGUUGGUAGGCUGGGAGGAGGCCUCAGAGGACAAGACCCCACCCACCUCUGCAGAAAACCCAUUCCCGCCCCUCUUUGCCUCAGUUUCCCUCUAGGGGAAAGGAUGCACUUAAUCUCAACUGGGGAACUGGUGGUCGGCUCAGAAACAGUGUGCGGUGGGGGCGGGGGAAGUUGGCCUGAUUUCUCUGGCCUCACCCCCCAAGACAGCGUCCCUUCCGCCUGAGCUACGCUGGACGCUGGAGUGCGCGGGUCCGGGGGUCUGGGAAGGAGAACUGAGCGAGGCCCCAUAAAUACGAGAGAUUCCACCCAUCUUCGGGCCCUCGUGGCUGUCACCGCUCGCCUCCUCGCCGCAGCCUCCAUCCCUCGGACCCAGUAGCUCCGUCCUCUUCCCUCUCCCUUCUCACGGAGCUCCUCCCCCAUCCCGCCUAAGGACAGCUCCCCAGCAGUUCCUUGGCAACCCUGGUCCUGGGCUCUCAGCAUCCUCUCCCACCCUCCCCCAGACCGCCAGUCCGCCUCCCGGCAACCCUAAAAGGAGGGGGAGGGACCCGGUCGAGGGGGAGGCAGCGUCAAGGUCACCUUCCCGCUCCGAUGCCAGCAGGAUCGGGUGAUGUAUAUUUGGAGGAGAGGGACAGUGAGCUGCACGAGAGGAGGAGCUAACCCUGGCCUAUAAUCCCUGAGCUCCCUCCCCGCCCCGUCCCCUAGGAUCUUCGGUUAAUGGUCUUUGCACUGAUGCCCACCGCCCCGCCGGCCGGGAUGAGGAAGCUGAAAUCUCCUGGGGCGGUGCCCGCUCUGGCCACACCUUCUGCAGAGCCCCACCCCUCCCCCCCCCCCGCCAUUCCCUCGAGCGCCGGCUCUUCACCUCACCACUCGCCCUCUUCUUUCUGUCUUUGGCUUUUGAUCUCUGCCUUUCCCCAUUGUAUGUCAGUGGGGGUGGGGGGUGUUGUCUCUUACCCCUUUUCCCUUCUUUCCCCUGAGUUUUGGGUGAGGGCUGUGGAGAGCUGUGAUUUAUAGACAGGCUUUAAUGCAGCACUUCUGUGUGCUGGUGUGGGUCCAUAGAACCACCUCCAACACACACUGUGGCUGUGUGUGUGUGUGUGUGUGUGGUGUGUCUGAGUGUCUGUGUCUUUGUGCUGUGUGUCUAGCUCUGUGUGUCUCUGUGUGGUAUAUGUGUGCCUGUCUGUAUAUGUCUGUGGUGUUGUGUGUGUGUAUGUGCAUCUAUCCGUGUAUGUCUCUGGUGUGUGUGUGUGUUUCUCUGUGCUGUGUGUUUGUGUGCUGGUGAGUCUUUCUCCACAGGGAUUUGAGGAUCACAUCUGGAAGUGAGAGGGGACUAGAAAUUUGUCUUAUCCUUCAGUGGACCCAGGAUGCCAAGCUGCGAGCGUCCCUGUGGCUGCAGCCGAGGCCCCAACGUGGAAGAUGGCAAGUGGUAUGGGGUCCGCUCCUAUCUGCACCUCUUCUACGAGGACUGUGCAGGUACCCCCCUCAGCGAUGACCCUGAGGGGCCUCCUGUACUGUGCCGUCACCGACGUUGGCCCUCACUGUGCUGGAAGAUCAGCUUAUCCUCAGGUACCCUGCUUCUGCUACUGGGUUUGGCAGCCCUGACCACUGGCUAUGCAGUGCCCCCCAAGUUGGAGGGCAUCGGAGAGGGCGAGUUCCUGGUGUUGGAUCAGCGGGCAGCCGACUACAACAAGGCCCUGGGCACCUGCCGCCUGGCCGGCACAGUGCUCUGCGGGGCAGCCGGGAUCUUGCUGGCCAUCUGCAUGUUCUGGGCCACGACUGGCUGGCUGAGCCAGGACCCCAAGGCAGAACCCUUGGACACUGAAACCGAUGGCCACAUGGAGGUCUUCGGGGAUGAGCUGGAGCAGCAGUUGUCCCCCAUUUUCCAUGACACCAGUGGCCGGUCUUGGUUCUCACCACCCGCCAGCCACUUUGGGCAAUCCUCUGUGCAGACCAUCCAGCCCAAGAGGGACUUUUGAGCCACCCUCACGGCCAGAGGAGGAGCCAGGCCUGGGGUCUGGACCCUUCCUCCGCCCCACCGCAUCCCACCUUCCCAUUGUCUCCCUAACUUCUCCCUUUCAAUGGGGCCCCUUCCAUCUAAGCCCCCAGAAAGCCCAACUCCAGGUCAGAAAGUCUGGAGCUCACAUCUCUGUGUCCCCUUCCCAGGGGUAGGGCUCUAAGUCCUCCAAGAUGCCAGCCUUCCCCGAGUCACCCCAAAACUUCCCACCCAUUCCUCCUUUCCAAAGCCAUUCAGGGGCAGAAAACUCCCUCAACCUAUCCCCGCUCUUUCCUCUGUAUGACCUUGGGCAAGCCCCUUACCCUUUCAGACCAUCAGUUCCUGUCUCUGCACUAAUGAAGGGUUUGGACCAGAUUCUAGAGUUCCAUGACUUUCUUUUUCUCCCCAGGAUAUAAGUAUUACCUUCCAUAGGCAAAGAUAAGGGGAGGGGUACUGGGGUCAUUCUUAUCCACUGACCCCUCCCUCUGUCAGCUGCACCAGGAGGCCUCAGGAUGGGUCCAAGAUGCUCACUUGGACCAGGAUGGUGCAAAAACAUUUCCUCCUUACAGUAUGUUUUCUAUACAUCUUGGCAUCAGAGCCCCCAGUCCACCCCAUCCUGAACGAUUACUAACCCCAGUUUACAGAUGAGGUGGCGGAGGGAGGCUGACAGUCUGCAGGAACUCGGACCCACGUCUGUAGACUCCUGGAACAGAUCUUGUUCCACAGUGGGAGCAGGACCCCACACCUUCCUGGCUUCCAGGGGACCUGCAGGGGUGGCACAGGUUCGGCCCAGAGAGACUAGCUGAUGCCUAAUGGUCCCAGGUGGCUCAGAAGAUACUUUGGACAUGCAUUUAAAUGGUCUCUAAGAGCCAGGGGACAGGAGAACUGGGAUGUAUUUGCCCCUCCGAGUCCACUCGCCUAGAAACCAUCACCCACAGGUCCUGACCUCACCCUGUACAAAUGUGCCCUCCUGGAGGCACCAACCCCUCCAUCCUUCAGGCUCCCCAGCCAGAUGCAUCAUCUCUGUUCUCUACCACUAGGGGGAGCUCCAAGACAGCUGGAGAGAGAUGCCCAAGGUGCAUGCCUCUACCCUCCCCCUUUAGUCUCAAGGGGGUGGGGGUGGGGGUGGGGGCAGCCCUCCUGGGAGGGUCCUCAGUCCUCCUCCACAAAGCAGGCCCUACUGCCCCUCCCCAUUCUGCACCCUUCCACCGCCCUGCCCCCACCCCUUGCCUUUCAAUAAACAGCUGGGAUGGAUACUGACUUUGCUUCUCUUCUCCCUGACCACCAGGGCCUGGGGAGGGAAGAAAGAAACUGCUAUAAGCACCUACUGUGUGCUGGGCACUUAAAUCCAUUAUUUCUCGUUUGCGCCUCACGAUAAUCCUUUGAGAAAGUGGAUGAUUCUCUUCAUUUUACAGAUGAGAUGAGAAAUUUCUCAGCCAUCUUGACAAAUUUCUGUCUCCAUCCCUGAGAGGGAUGUGAGGAGGGGGUUCUGAGGGCCGGAGUUGGAGCCAAAGGUGGGAUCUUUUCCAGGAAGAUAAGAACAGUUAACCUCCACUAGCACUCACUGGGGGCCAGGCCUUUUUCUCAGGGCCUCACAGACAUGAGCUCGGUGAACCUUCACAACCACCUAGGUGGGGACUGUUAUUCCCAAAUCUCACUCCCAGGCUCCAGGCUUGGAUUUCCACCUGAAUUCACCUACGUGUUGAAUCUCAACUCAACUUUGCUGAACUGUUCUCCUUUCCACCCCUCCCCUUCCAGACCUGCCCCUCCUAUGCUGCCCACUCCUGAGAGAGUGGCAGCUCCGCCCAAAGCCUUGAAGUCAUCCUUGACUCCUCUCUUUCCUCACAGCCUGAAUCCAAGCCACCAGCCAGUCCUGUCAAUUCACCCUUGGAAAUGCACCCGGUACCUCAGUGCUUCUCGCCAUCCUCAAGGCCAGCUCCCUGGCUCUCAUCUGGAUUAUCGCACAAGCUUCUCCCCGGUCUCCCGGCACCUUGCUUCUGUGCGCACACAUGCACAUGCGCGCACACACACACACACACACACACACACACACAGACUCCAAUCUUUACAGAGCUGUCACACAGAUCCUGGAUGACAUAGGUUAGACAGUGUCCCCUCUCUGCUUGGAACCCUCCCGUGGUUCCCACCUUACCCAGAGUAAAAGCCAAAAUCCUCCCUGUGGCCUACAAGGCCUGACGUGAUCUGCUGACACCCUUCUCCCACUUUCUUCCCCUGUGGCCUCGGCUCCCACCACUCUCCCCGCUCCUGUCUCCUCUCCAGCCAGACUGGCCUCCUGGCUGUUCCUUCAGCAUCAAGCACAGCUCCUGCCUGAAGCCUUUGCCUAGCCGUUCCCUGCUGGUGUGUUCUUCCUGAGUUCAGCACCUGGUCAAUCCCCCCACUUCCUUCAAGUCUUUGUGCAAAUGUCACCUUCUCACUGGGGCCUUCCCUGAGCAGCCUAUUUUUUUGGGGGGCUGUGAGAUCUUAUUUCCCUGACCAGGGAUCGAACUUGGGCUCUCCACAGUGAGAGCAAGGAGUCCUAACCAGUGGACCACCAGGGAAUUCCUGCUGAGCAGCCUAUCUUAGAAGGUGACUGUGCCCCCAUUCCCUGUUCCCUGUGUACUUUGGGUUGGGUUUUUUUUAACUUUUUAUUUUAUAUUGGAGUACAGUUGAUUAACAAUGUUGUGUUAGUUUCAGAUGUACAACAAAGUGAUUCAGUUAUACAUAUACAUGUAUCUAUUCUUUUUCAAAUUCUUUUCCCAAUUAGGUUGUUACAGAAUAUUGAGCAGAGUUCCGUGUGCUAUACAGUAGGUCCUUGUUGGUUAUCCACUUUAAAUCUAGUAGUGUGUACAUGUCAAUCCCAAACUCCCUAACUCUCCCUCCCCCCCACCCUUCCCU